AUGGGUCAAGUGAUUGGUUGUGUUCGGGUGAAGCAGUCUAUGGUUGCAGUGAGGGAACAUUGUGGGAAAUUUGAUGGUGUGCUUCAGCCUGGCACUCACUGCGUGCCUUGGUGUUUUGGUUAUGCAGUAGCCGGCCAGGUUUCACUUCGUGUGCAACAACUUCUGUUUAAAUGUGAAGCCAAGACUAAGGAUAAUGUGUUUGUCAAUGUGUCUACAUAUGUUCACUUUCGUCCAUCACCAGAACAUGUUGAGGAUGCUUUCUAUAAGCUCAAGAACAAAACCCAUCAGAUGCAAGCCUAUGUUUACAAUGUUAUCCAUGGAAGUGUAUCCAAGUUGGAAUUGGAUGCUUUGUAUGAGGAGAAGCAUGGCAUAGCAAAAGCUGUCCAAGAGGACCUUAAUAAGGCAAUGUCUGCUUAUGGUUAUGAGAUUAUCGAGACCCUCAUUGUUGAUAUCGUGCCUGAUGAGUCUUUGAAGAAAGUAAUGAAUGAGAAUGCAGCUGCAAAGGAAAAGCUUGGCACAGCUUGCCAGUGCAAGGCUAAUGAGGAGGGUUUGAAGCCUUGAAGGACAACAUCAUUGCCUCAUCAUGCUUGGAUGUUGAAGUAGAGUAAACCAUUAGUCAGUUGGGAUGUAUC